UCUCAAGACAAGCAUCAGAAGAAUCUCUCCGCUAGUUCUCACAAUUCUUAUCUGAAUAGACUACCAGAAAUGCUCAAACUUCUGCUCUUUUCAGGUCUUUUCGUCUUGUCGCUAUGCCUUCCCAAGGAUCUCUCCAGCCAGUCAGACAAUAUGGAGUUCUAUGGAGACCUAGAGAGCUCACAGUUCCUUCUUUCAGACAAGAACUCCAAAACCAACGUCCCAUCCAACACCCAACAUCUUCAUCAAACUUCUGAGAUGAGGAACCGAGUGCCAAGGGCUGUCGAAGAUUUGAGCUCUGAUGAGGGCUCGGGCAUGCUGGAAGAGACGACUACAGUUUCCCCAGCAACUACCCAAGCCGCAGCCACAGAGACAACUACUGUCAUGACAACAACAACUACACAGAGUCCGGUCACAACUGCCGCAACUACCACAACCACCACUGAAGCAACCACACAGGCCGCGGCCACAGAGACAACCACUACCAUGGCAACAACUGCUACACAGAGUCCAGUCACAACUGCAGCAACAACCACAACCACCACUGAAGCAGCUACAGAGGUCGCUGCCACAGAGAGAACCACUACCAUGGCAACAACUGCUACACAGAGUCCGGUCACAACUGCAGCAACUACCACAACCACCACUGAAGCAACCACACAGGGUCCUGUUACAACUGCAGCAACUACCACCACAGUAACAGCUACCCAGGGUCCAGUCACAGGUACCACGAUUGACAAAACAACUACUGAGGUUCCAGUCACAACCACGACACCUACCACCAUGGCUCCAACAACGACAACCACCAAAACCACCAACGCCCCUUCAACUACACAGAGUCCAGUCACAACUGCCGCAACAACCACAACCACCACUGAAGCAGCUACACAGGCCGCGGCCACAGAGACAACCACUACCAUGGCAACAACAACUACACAGAGUCCGGUCACAACUGCCGCAACUACCACAACCACCACUGAAGCAACCACACAGGGUCCUGUUACAACUGCAGCAACUACCACCACAGUAACAGCUACCCAGGGUCCAGUCACAGGUACCACGAUUGACAAAACAACUACUGAGGUUCCAGUCACAACCACGACACCUACCACCAUGGCUCCAACAACGACAACCACCAAAACCACCAACGCCCCUUCAACUACACAGAGUCCGGUCACAACUGCCCCAACUACCACAACCACAGUAGCAGCUACUCAGAAUCCAGUCACAAAUGCAGCAACCACAACCACCACCGAAGCAGCUACACAAGGUCCGGUCACAGCAACGACAACUACCACAACGGCCAAGGCCCCCACAACUACACAGAGUCCAGCCACAGCUGCAGCAACUACCACAACCACAGUAGCAGCUACAGCAGGUUCAAUCACAACUACCACGGUUGCCCCAACAACAACAACUACCACAACUACCACAACCACUAUUGCCACAACUACUACGGCCACAUCAAGCACCCCUCGCUUCAUCGUUGGAAUCCGUAUGCUGCUGCUGAAAGCCUUCAUCUCUGACUACAACAACCCUCAGAGCUCAGCUUAUCAACAGCAGGCUGCUUCAAUUGUUACCUGGUGUACUCCCAUUUACAGACGUCGAUAUGGAUCCAUGUUCAUCAGAGUUGUUGUCAUUUCACUGAGGUCCAGCAUUCGUUAUCGUCUGCAGGCCAACACUGAGGCAGAGAUUCAGGUGGAGUUUGACCAGAACGCCCCUGAGAAUGCCCCAACCAGCACUAAUGUGGCGCUAGCCAUCAAGCAGGAAGCCUCAAGCACCUCCAACCCCAUUGACGUAGACCUGAACAACAUCGAAGUCACCCGUGCCCCUCAGGUGAUGUCCAAUGCCCAGUUCACCACCAGUGAGGAAUUUGUUCUCUCCCUCCUGUCGAUCAACUCCACAUCUUACCGUAACAGGGCUGCCCUCAUCAAGGAGGAGCUUGAGCCAUUUUUCCAUGAGGACUACUCACCAGACUUCAUAUGCCUCACCCCAGAGACUUUCAGGUAUGUUUGAUAAUAACGCUCUUUUAAAAUAAAGUAAAAUAAAAUGGUAAAAUAGUGACAAAAAACCUCAGAAUUGUGUCUUAGCUUACAGUGUUGUCCAUGCCAUUGCUUUGUACUAAUGAAAAAAACAAGAACUUCAAAUCUAAAAGUAAAUGUUUUAUUUUUCAGUGUUGGAACCUUGCAUUCCAACUCCAUUCUGCACCAGUCGGAGCUGCACUUUACCUACAACGCCACCCUGCCCAGCGCCACAGACGUCUACAACACCAUGCUGAGGGCAGCCAGGAGCGGCAAGCUGAGCAUCAACAUCAUAUCAGUCAAUGGAAAAGAUGUCAGUGCUUCGUCCUCUGGUGACGUGAGCAGCAAGAUCAACCUCUUCACCACCUGCAGCUUGACUCUGCUCUCUCUUCUGCUGAUUCGGCCCUGGUAGAAGCUGCUGAUUGGUCCAUAGCUACUGGCCUUCUCGUUGGUCAGUGGUACCAGAGCAUUCCCACAACAGUCCUCCACCCUCUCAAACACAUGAAGGAAGAUUCUGGAACAGAAGAAGAGCAGGCGCCUGCUCAUUCAAACCAAUGAAGAUAUAGUGUUCAUUUAUUGUAUUUAUUUUGUUUUGAAACUACAGCACUUUCAAAUGUUGUGUAUUGUUUAAUUGUAUAAUCCUGCGUGUAUUUUGUAAAACUCUGUAUAUAAUACUUUAUUGCACAUUUAAAAGACGAAGGGCCUAUGUCUGAACUUCUUUCGAUGUUGAUGAUAUAAUGCAACUGCUGAUGAAAAACACAUUGUUGUUUUUAAUGAUGGCUA